AUGAACGGGGAUCUCAGCCUUUCCCAGUCCCUGGGAGGGCUGCGGAUUGCGAAUCCAGACGAUUCGCCUCUCCAGUCCGACGAUGCGAUCGCCGGGGACAGGGAUCCCAGCCCAUAUGGACACCCGGACGGUUCGGCCUCAACAUCUCCACCGAAUCCUACCGACGACCGCCCAUCGGCCUUCCCUCCUUCCCCCAUCGAGGCGCCUAUACCCAACGAGAACCGCUCCUCCGUGGCCAUUCCUUUCCCAGACGCUCCUCCACCAUCCGCCGGCUCGUACCAGCCUUACUCUUCACAACCGCACUCGACGCCCCCCAAUCCGAACCGACCCCUGUCCUCCGUGUACACAAACGGCUCGGCCACCUCCGUCCUCCCUCGCGACAACUCCUAUCGUAUGAGAACCGACUCCGGCGCCUCGUCAACCUCGACCCAGCACUCGCGGAUCGAUACACGCGGCGGUAACUCAGCUCUGCAAGCCGGAGUGCCCGCGCGAGACAACUCGCACAGCGACCGUUCCUACCGCACAGCCCAGAUCCCGACCAAUGGGCCGGCGGUGAUGCGUCAAUCGUCUCGAGCUCAUGCCAGAGGAGGAGUUCCACCGCAGAUGUCUCGCACGCCUUACGCCAUGGAAAACGGGCCCACCGCCAGCAGCGAAGAAUGGCAGGACCGCGGGGCCGCGGUCGCCGUCCGGCAGGAAGUCGACGCCAACGGGAAGACUGUCGCCCGCUAUAUUAAGAAAGGAGUCCGGGACUUUUCAUUUGGCAACACGUUGGGUGAGGGUUCCUACAGUACCGUAGUCUUUGCGACGGACCGGCAAACGUUGAAGGAAUACGCGAUCAAAAUUCUGGACAAGCGACACAUCAUCAAGGAAAAGAAGGUGAAAUACGUCAAUAUCGAGAAGGACACCCUCAACCGCCUCACCGACCACCCCGGAAUCGUGCGGCUAUAUUACACCUUCCAGGAUGAGCGGUCCCUGUACUUCGUCCUGGACCUCUGCAAAGGAGGAGAAUUGCUUGGGGUUCUCAAACGGAUGACCACCUUUGACGAGGAAUGUACCCGAUUCUACGGUGCACAGAUUCUCGACACCAUCGACUACAUGCACAAGCGGGGAGUCAUUCAUCGAGACCUGAAGCCAGAGAACGUAUUGCUGGAUCAUCAGAUGUACGUGAAAAUCACCGAUUUUGGGACGGCCAAGAUCCUCAAAACACGACGACCGGAGGAGAGCACGAGCUCUAUUCCACCAAUCGACUCCAGUGACCUCCCAGAAGAGGAACGGGCAAGCUCCUUUGUGGGCACCGCCGAAUAUGUCAGCCCAGAACUGCUGACCGAAAAGAAUGCGUGCAAGGCCAGCGAUCUGUGGGCCUUCGGGUGCAUCAUCUAUCAACUUCUGGCCGGCCGGCCGCCCUUCAAAGCUGGCAACGAAUAUCAGACCUUCCAGAAGAUCGUGCAAUUAGACUACGAAUUCCCAAUCGGGUUCCCGGCCGUGGCCCGGGAUCUUGUCGAGCGCCUUCUGGUUCUCGAGCCCGCUCGACGUUUGCAGAUUGAGCAUAUUAAAAACCAUGAAUUUUUCGACGGUAUUUCAUGGGGAGCGGAGCUGUGGAAGCAAAAGGCACCACGGUUGAAAGCCUAUGUGCCGCCUCCAAGAGAGCCCAUAAAACUGAAUGGGGUUGAAGGCGGAGAUAAUUUCCCUCCAGCGAUCUCAACAGCUCCAUCGAAUGCCACCACCCAGAACUCCCGCCAGCUUCCCCGCGUCGUCACGGAGCUGCCCCCGCCAAGUCAACUGGACAUCGAAUGGUCGCCCGUGCUCAGCAAAUCUAAUGAGCGCAUCCUCAAGCUAGGGAACAUGGUGGUGAUAUCCUCUCCGGCAUCACACAGCCCGACAUCGAAAAACGGCAGCGAAGCCGAGGCGCCCCGAAAGUUCUCGCGUUUCUUCUCGGGUACAGCGACCAAGAAGCGGAAUCGAUUGGUCAUGGUCACAUCCUCUGGACGGAUCAUUCUUGCUGCAUCUGGUGGUGAUGAGAAAAAGUCAAAAUUGGAGAUUUCUCUCCUCGCUCCAGGGACGCACUAUAGGAGUACAACAGAUGCCAAGGGACAUUCCUCAUGGAUUGUGGAUACGAGAGACAAGCAUUUCGUAUUUGAAGAUCUCAAACCAUCAUCAAGCAACAUCGGAGUCACGGCAGUAUCGGCACAGGAAUGGCUGGAUGCUCUAGAUCGGGCUCGGGAAAUGGCUUUGGCACACCAAAGCUCUGGCUCUUACUCUGCUGAGGAUGCAUUCCGUGACAUCUCCUCUGGAUUCUCCAGCCAUGCCAACACUCUCGACCGCACCUCUGACCUGCAGAAUGAGAACACCAACCAUAGCCACGGUCACUCAUCAGGACGCAACCACUUGGUGAAGCAUCAAGCCACCGAUUCGGAGUCGACCAAGGGGAAGAAACGUUUUAGCAGACGCCAUUCCAAGAACGGUCUCGCUGCAGUGUUCUAA